CAGAUGGAACGUAGAAAAGCUGGUGGCACCUCCAGAGCUGCCAGGCGAAGACGCUGGUGGCAUCUGAGACAGCGAUGGAGGAUGAUAGGGGUGUUUGAGAUCGACCCAGAGCAUGAGUUCUAUCAUCUGGUGUCUAUGAUGAAAGAAGGCCUCCAUGCGUCCAUUCAGACCACUAUGGACACACCAGGCCAGGAUUCGCCCACAGCUGAACAAUUCAAGGCAGUGGACACUCAAACCCAUGAGGGGUUUGAAAUGCAGACGUUUGCAGAACCAGUGUUUGCUAAACUUAGGCGUUCACUGGACAUCACCAAGGAGGAAUACAUGGACUCCCUCUGCUCAGACGCCUGCUACCUCCAGUUUGUCAGCAACUCCAAGAGCAAGGCAGAUUUCUUUGUCACGAAUGACAAGAGAUUCUUCCUAAAGACCCAGAGCAGACGUGAGGUCAGCUUUCUGCUAUCCAAUCUGCAAGCAUACAUGGACCACUUGGAGAAGUACCCUCAUUCUCUGAUGGUGAGGUUUCUAGGUGUCCACAGAAUUGUUAUUCCUAAUGAAAUGAAGAAGUACUUCAUUGUGAUGCAGAGUGUGUUUUACCCUGAUGAGAGGAUCAAUAUUAGAUACGACAUUAAGGGCUGUGAAGUGGGUAGAUGGACUAACCCUGACACAGGGGGGAAACAAAUAAUAAAAGUGCUGAAGGACAAUAACUUCGAAGGGCAGUACAUUGCCUUAGGUCAGGAGAAAUCGUGGUUCAACAAACAAGUGAAAGUGGAUGCUGCAUUCCUUCAGGAGCUUAAUGUGCUGGACUACAGUCUACUGAUAGCUCAUCAACCACUGCACCGAGAUGAGCUGGAUGGGAAACACUCCUUGGCAAACCUUGUUGUUCGCACCACAAAGUCUAUGGACUUGGAUGACAGUCCCACUGAGUCAGACCCCCCCACCAUUCCAUUACUGGAGAAGACAAUGGGUGAGGCUGAGGGCACCGGCGAAGGGAUCCACCUGCAGGAGAUACACGAUCCUGACAGAGAAACCAGGACUGACUUAGAACUGCAGGAAUUCCAUGAAGAACAUCGUAGGCUACUGCCCAACUGCAAAAAUGCCGUUCAUGUGAUGGAUGGACCAGAUCGUCGCUACUUUGUGGGCAUUAUAGACAUUUUUACUGUCUAUGGCUGGAAGAAAAGACUGGAGAACCUGUGGAAAAACCUCCGCUUCCCAGGCAGGGCCUUUUCCACAGUCAGCCCCGUGAAAUAUUCAAACAGGUUCUGCCAGUGGAUUCAGAGCCACUCUGAGUAACAAAAUGCAGAAAACAUUUAGCCCAAAUGUACAAUAUACUGUAUAUUGUGGUCCUACGGACGGGGUAGUAACUGCAGUAACUUGUGGUAAUUUAGACCUAAAUGCAAAACAUAAAAACAUUAUGUGUACACUUGAGAGUCCACCUGCUCAGAUCACUCAGCUGAGUCUAUCUCAUUGAUGUAAAAUUGUAUGUAGUGUGAAAUGUACAAAAAUGGCAACCUUUACCUUUCAAGCUUUAAUAGGAUAUUGUUACCAGAAAUGUAAUUAACAAACAUAAUUUUUUGUCCAUCAUAUUCAGUCAGUUAAAUGCCAGCUGUCAUCAUACAGGUGCAGAUAAUGUAUGUGAGUUAUCUCAGUCUAUCUUGUGUGUCUGGCAGUGUGUUAUUGUGUGAUUCCAUCAAAAAGCGUUUCUAACAAAAUAAACAUUUUUCAUGUAUUUUCUAUUGUGAAUUGUAUCUUAAAGGGCCUUUUUGUGAUCUCACUGAUGUCUAUACUCAG